UUGUGAAUGCAAUAAUAUUCGUCAUUACAGUUUAUAAUUUUUUUAUUUAUAGUAAAAAUGUCAAUUAUUUAAUAAUAUUGAUACAACGUUAUAAAUUAGCUAGUGAUUAUUCAUUUUAAAUGUGUUAAAUAUUUAUUCGUUUUAUAAUAUUUUUAUGAAAAAAUGGCGGAUGGGGACAAUGAACUUACUGGUGCAGCAGUUGGUGUUUCCCAAAGUCCGUCAAAAAAGACAACAGAUAAUGACACAAAAUCGAAUAGCAGCACCAUCAAUAGUGCUCCUAUUGUGAUCACUAAUAACACGAACAAAAUUCUAGAACAAAAGUUGUCAGUUGAUAAAAUUAACAAUAUGACACCAACCCCCACCAAUCAUAUUAAUCGUACACCUAAACAACAAACAACUGAACUUCAACAACCACAACCAUCCGCAAAGAAGACUGCUAACGAUUUUAUAUUUGGUAAAACUUUAGGAGAUGGCAGUUUCAGCACUGUCUAUCUCGCUAAAGAAGUGCACACUAAAAAGGAAUUUGCAAUUAAAGUUUGUGAUAAAAGUCAUAUAAUUCGUGAAAAGAAACAACAAUAUAUACUUCGAGAAAAAGAGGCAUUAAAUAUGCUAGUAAAUGAUCCAUAUUUUGUAAAAUUAUAUUGUACAUUUCAUGAUGAUAGAAAAUUAUACUUUGUAUUAACUUACGCUAAAAAUGGAGACCUACUACAAUUAAUCAAACGAUUGGGAUCAUUAGAUAUGAAAUUAACUCAAUAUUACACAUGCGAAUUAGUAAUUGCAUUGGAAGCAUUAAAAGCAAAAGGAAUUAUACAUAGGGAUCUAAAACCUGAAAAUAUUUUAUUAGAUGAAAAUUUUAAUAUUUUAAUAACGGAUUUUGGAUCAACUAAAAUUUUGAAACAAGAACCAUUAAUCAAUAAUACAGAUCAAAGUCAAUCAGAACAAGUACCAAGACGUAGAAAUAGUUUUGUGGGAACUGCAAAUUAUGUUAGUCCAGAAUUAUUAACAGACAAGUUAACCACACACGCGUGUGAUUUAUGGGCAUUAGGCUGUGUCAUAUAUCAAAUGUUAACUGGAAAAUUAUGCUUUUUGGCGGGUAGUGAUCAUUUAAUAUUCAAUAAAAUAUUAAAUCGUCAAUAUGAGUAUCCGGAUAAUUUUUCAAAUGUUGCGAGUGAUUUAAUUGAUAAGUUAUUGGUUAUUGAAGCGGAUCAACGAUUAGGUGCAUCCGAUUCAGUACCAUAUGCAAGUAUACGAAAUCAUCCAUUUUUCGAUGAUGUUAUUUGGGAUAACAUUGGUGGAAUGCCACCAUCAGAUAGUUUAGAAAAGGUUAUUCUAGAUAAAAAUGAAGAAGGAGAUGAAAAAGACUGUUUUGAAAAGGCUGAACCUGGUUUAAAUAAUCGGCAAAUGGCAAGACUGGUUGGUUUAUCUAUGGAUAGUAGUGAGAGUACUCUAAUUUAUGAUGGUUCAGUGGAAUCAUUGAAUUUGGAUAAUAAUCAAACAAAAAAUGGUAAAGAAGAUAAACGUAAAAAUAUAGCGGAUUUAACACCUAUUCAAAUUGAAACUAGAUUAUCAAUGCAAAGGCGAAGUAGUAAAUAUCAUGAUUUAGUUGAAGGUAAUUUAAUUUUAAAACAAGGACUAUUGGAUAAGAAAAAAGGCAUACGACCGCGAAGGAGAAUGUUUUUACUUACAUUAGGGCCUCAUAUAUACUAUGUCGAUCCACAAACAAUGGUAUUAAAAGGUCAAAUACCCUGGACAGAAGAUUUACGAGUGGAAGUGAAGCAUUUUAGAAAAUUUGAUAUCGUCACGCCAAAUAGAACAUAUUUAUUAGAAGAUCCGGAAGGGUACGCGUUACAAUGGCAACAAGAUAUAGAAGAUGUACAUGAAUUUUAUUUUAACAAAAAACCGUAGAAAAAUUGUAUUUAUUUAUUUAAAUUAUUUUAUUCAAUUAAGUUAUAUUAUGUUUUUGUCGUUUAUUAUAUUAUAUAAUAAGGCUUGGUUUAAACUAAAGAAGAUAAAAUUGGCGCGUUUCUUUAAUUGCGCUAUUGAGUCUUUAUUGAGUCAAUAAAUAGUAAGUCUCAGAUUAUGCAACACAUAAUCCAGUAAACUGGCGAAAGCGAAAUGAUUUUAUGAUAAAUAGUUUGUAUUUCACGUUUUAUAUAUAGAUAGAUAUUGAGUUUUAAGGACUCAUUCACAAAAAAUUCUUAAUCGUAUUUAGGAAAAAAUAGACCAAAAAAAUAGACCCGGCAAAAAAAGACCGAAAUAAUUUCUGUAAUAGUAUCACAUUUUUGAACGCAAAGGCUUGAAACUUCAGAACCCAACCAACUUCUCUAUAAUCGACAAACUGGACCCAAUCAAUUCGUAAUUACAACAAUAUUUCAGAUCUUUAAAAUUUUCGGUCUAUUUUUUACGAUUACCCCAUUAAUCUCCUAAGGGCUUUUUGUGGAUCACAUCCUUUUUAUUUAUUGCACUUUAAUUUUUUUUAAUUUUUUUUUUAAGUUUUUAUUUGAUCAUGACAAUUCUAAAA